AUGCUACAAACGGAUUGGGACGAUCCAGUCCCUCAAGAUUUGCUGCGAGCAUGGCAAUCGUUUCGGAAGGAAUUGAUGCAAUUGAACGAUCUUCAAGUACCUAGAUAUAUUUCUUCUGAAGAUGCUGUGACCGUAGAGCUACAUGGAUUUUCCGAUGCCUCGGACCAUGCCUAUGGGGCGUGCAUUUACGCCCGCGUCGUACAUUCUGACAGAACAACAACGAUGAAUUUGAUUUCAAGCAAAUCCCGAAUUCUUCCUAAGAAAUCAAAUAAAACCAAGGCUAUAACGACCCCUCGCGGGGAGCUCCUAGCAGCAGUACUGUUGUCACGGCUUAUUGACAAGGUUCUGCAGUCUUUUGAUCUGCGGUUCGAUUCUGUUAACCUAUGGACUGAUUCGAGAAUUGUAUACUGUUGGAUUAAGAAACCUCUGCAAAGCCUGCAAACCUACGUCUCUAACAGAGUGGCUGAAGUACAGAAACUAACGGGCCACUUUCAGUGGCGUCACGUACCGACAAAUCAAAACCCUGCCGAUUUUAUAUCCCGUGGCCAGCGCCCUCGCGAUUUAUACGUGAACGAUGUUUGGUGGAAAGGACCACCGAUGCUGAGAACAGCAGCUAUUGAAGCUUUACCGGAAAUGCGUUCUGGAGUCAGCCUGCCAGUUACUAAUGAGACCCCAAGGCGAUUGCAGAUUUUUGAUAGAGUGAGUAGUUAUGAAAAAAUCUUGAAAUCCAUGACGUACGUCGUUAGGUUUGCGAAUUACGUUAUAUCGAAACGUAAAGUAAUGAUCAAGGGAACACAUACUUCAGCAGAGCGAGCGCAAUCCUUGCGAUUAAUAGUGCGAUUAGUUCAGCAGGAAUCAUUUCAACCAGAAAUUCAAGCAUUGAAGAAGAGUACCAAAUCGAAGCACCGUCUAUGCGGCCUCAAGGCAUUCCUGGACCCGGUUGAUGGGAUUCUAAGAGUAGGCGGACGAAUUAAGCACGCGUUUAUUCCUUAUGACAGUCGCCAUCAAAUGUUACUUCCAGCUAAACAUCCGUUUACUGAGGCACUUGUGAGAAACAAACAUUACGUCAAUCUUCACAUUGGACAAAAGGGACUUCUCGCGACAAUUCGGCAACAAUUUUGGCCAUUGAAUGUUAAAACGACAAUUCGUAAAGUGAUUCGGAAUUGUACAAGAUGUUUCAAGGCUAAUCCGAUAAAAACAGUACAGUUGAUGGGCGACUUACCCUCGUAUUGUGUACAGCCAGCACCAACAUUUGCAAACACGGGUGUUGACUUCGCAGGACCGUUCUUACUCAAAUCUAGUUCCGUGGGACGUAAACCAUUAACCACGAAAUCGUACGUUUGCCUAUUUGUAUGUAUGCUGACGCGAGCUAUACACAUCGAAUUAGUAUCUGACUUGACAACCGAAGCAUUUCUCACAGCCCUUCGCCGGUUCACUAGUCGACGUGGAAUUCCGAGUAAAAUGUUUUCAGACAAUGCCACUAACUUUGUCGGCGCUCAAAAUGAGUUGGUGAGAUUGGCUGAAAUGUUCAAAAAUCAAUUGGAGGUUCGCAAGAUUACGGAAUUCUGUUCAAGACAGGGUUUUGAAUGGUCUUUCAUACCACCAAGAAGCCCUCACUUCGGGGGCGUUUGGGAGGCAGGCGUUAAACAAGUGAAGUUUCACCUCACAAGAAUUGUCGGAGAUAGAAGGUUGUCCUAUGAGGAACUAUACACCACCUUGACGCAAAUUAAGCCGUCCUCAAUUCACGGCCCCUAG